CCGGGCUCUCACGACGUAACCUGGAAUACGCCAAAAAGGCAGCAGCAUCUGCAGCCUACAAAAAACACCUCACCCGACAACUUGCAGGGGAAAAAAAUGCCUCCACGAUCGAGCAAUCCCAGGCAGAGUACCGCGUCGCAUAGGUCGACAUUGUCAUUAUCCAAAACCGAAGUCACAAUCCAUGUCUAUGAUCUGCUACCUCCAGGUCGCCUAUCCUCUGUUCUUUGGACAUUUGGCGCGUCACUACUGCACUCGGGUGUCGUGAUCAAUGGCAGAGAGUAUGCUUACGGCGGGCACGAACGGCGAGGUGUGACGGGAGUAUACUGGACAAAGCCCAAGACGGAGCCCCCCGGCGGCACUUUCAAGUCCGAGAUCCUCCACGGCUUUACCUUUGCAACCCAGGCUGAGAUCGACGCGAUUCUGGAGGAAGCCUCGAGAGACUUCCUCGGAACCUCCUACAACCUCUUGACGAAAAAUUGCAACCACUUCACUUCCUAUCUCUGCAGAAAGCUUACCGGCCGUCCCGGUCCCGGCUGGCUGAACCGUGCGGCAAGCAUCGGCGUCGCGUUACCCUGCGUUGUCCCUAGGGACUGGAUCGACCCACCCGAGUACGAUACCGCCGACGGCGCACUUCUAGAAGAGGAGGAGGACGACGAUCGUGCUCACGAAGGCUCUAGGAUGCUGAAGCAAUCGCCGCCGAGAUUCCUCACCGAGAACUCCAAAGAUCAAGCAGAGGACGCCGAUUGGGAUAGCGAGGAGGAACGACGCCGCGGCGGCAACGGUAAGGGCAAGAAGGCCGUACGGGAUACUGCGGGUCGGGAUCUACCUGCUGCCGAAAGGGCUCCGGCUCGAAAGUAGAGCUCGUCGUCGAUGCUCUACAACUAGGUAUACGGCAUGUUUUGGCGUUACAAAGGUCUGGCGUUUGGGCUUAGUGGGCGUACAGCACUUGAUACCAGCGGGGUUGGACAUCUGCAUUUUC